CCCCGUGGAAUUUCGACCUUCCUGCCAAUCUCACCUCUCACGUACCAUAGCACCAUCUUGGGCAUCACCCGACCGGCAAGAUGGCUACCGAACUGACCGUGCAGAGCGAGCGCGCUUUCCAGAAGCAGCCUCACAUCUUCCUCAACAGCAAGACCAAGGUCAAGUCUGCCCGUCCGGGUAAGGGUGGCCGGAGAUGGUACAAGGACGUCGGCCUGGGUUUCCGUACCCCCGCUGCCGCCAUUGAGGGCCAGUACAUCGACAAGAAGUGCCCCUUCACCGGCCAGGUCUCCAUCCGCGGCCGUAUUUUGUCCGGUACCGUCGUUUCCACCAAGAUGCACCGCACCAUCAUCAUCCGUCGCGAGUACCUCCACUUCAUCCCCAAGUACAACCGUUACGAGAAGCGCCACAAGAACCUCGCCGCCCACGUCUCCCCCGCUUUCCGUGUUGAGGAGGGUGACAAGGUUACCGUUGGCCAGUGCCGUCCCCUUUCCAAGACUGUCCGCUUCAACGUUCUCCGCGUCCUUCCCCGCACCGGCAAGUCCGUCAAGAAGUUCGCCAAGUUCUAAAUGCAGUCUAUGAGAAUGCUGAAGGGUGGGGGCUUUUCGGAAUUGAGCAUUUCUGGCGCGGUUCUUGCUUUGAGGGCUUGUUAAAUCAGUUACAAUGGGCCGGUCCGGCAGGGGAAAACUGCACGAAACAGUACACAAGUAAAAAUGUGUCGUAGAGGCAGUGCCGACUGAAUGAAAUCCGCCGAAUGAACUUUGACGAAGAGUCAAAACAAAAUGGAUAUGAUACCUUGUUUCGGUGGUUUUGGCAACACUUCAUGAGCCCAUACGUUGUACUUGUCACGAGCUGCUGGUUACUGAUGAAGAGUUCUGAUAUCAAAAGAACCCAUAUGCCUUUCAUGGAUCAGAGAACGAUAUACGGACAAUCACGAUGUUCGCGUCAAGACUGUUCCAACUACGAUAACGCCACGACACAACACGACAUGUCACGACAUUCAAUGCGAAGCCCGAGAUGGGGAUCGAUGGACGACAUUGAGCAGCUGACACAAAAAGGCAUACGCGCUACUUACUACCUUGUAGUCAUUUAGUCGAAUAGAAUCAUGAUGAGCCAA